AGAGACUGAACAGGUGAUCUUCCUGGAUGACCAGGUGUCUUCCUUCAUCCAGAUCCGUGGUUCCAUUCCUCUGUUCUGGGAGCAACCAGGAAUACAGGUGGGCUCUCAUCGUGUCAAGCUCUCCAGAGGGUACGAGGCCAACGCACCGGCUUUUGAGAGACACUUCAGUGCUCUGAGGAGGCUGUAUGGGAAACAGGUGAUCAUCAACCUGCUAGGCAUGAAGGAGGGAGAACACAUGCUCAGCAAAGCAUUCCAGAGUCACCUGAAGGCGUCCGAACACGCCGGAGCUGUAAAGAUGAUUAACUUUGACUACCAUCAGAUGGUGAAGGGCGGCAAAGCUGACAAACUCCACAGUGUCCUCAAACCUCAGCUCAACAAGUUUCUGGAUGACUGUAGCUUCUUCUACUACUCUGGAGAGACCGGGGUUACCAAGUCUCAGAGUGGUACCCUCAGGACCAACUGUCUAGACUGUCUAGACAGAACCAACAGUGUCCAGGCCUACUUCGCUUUGGAG